GGACCUGUUGGAGAUAUGUUUCACUGGCUGGCUACAAUAAUGGGGCCACAUGAGAGCCCCUAUCAGGGUGGAGUGUUUUUCUUGACAAUUCAUUUCCCAACAGAUUACUCCUUCAAACCACCUAAGGUUGCAUUUACAACAAGAAUUUAUCAUCCAAUUAUCAACAGUAAUGACAGCAUUUGUCUUGAUAUUCUACAAUCACAGUGGUCUCCAGCAUUAACUAUUUCAAAAGUACUUUUGUCCAACUGUUCUCUGUUAUGUGAUCCCAAUCCAAAUGAUCCUUUAGUGCCUGUGAUUGCUCGGAUCUACAAAACAGAUAGAGAAAAGUACAACAGAAUAGCUCGGGAAUGGACUCUGAAGUAUGAGAUAUAAUUAAAGAAAUUAUCAGAUAACCUCUACAAAUAAAGCUA